AUGACGGCCAGGGAGUACGAGGUGCAGCUACUCUCUGAUGCUGGGGGCGGCUACGUACAGUGGUUCUGCUUCCGGGUAAGAAAUAUGCGCGUUGGCAUGCCAUAUACCUUCCACCUCACGAAUUUGGUAAAGCCCGGAAGUCUCUUUGACGAUGGCUGCCAGCCUGUUCUCUUCUCUCGCCGGAGGAUGGAAGACUGUGGCGUCGGUUGGUCCCGGGAAGGAACCGACGUGGCCUACUACCCCUGUGGUUUCGGCGCUGGAGCUAGGAAGCACUAUUGUGUUUCCUUCGACGUGGUCUUCCCCUUCGAGGAGGACGAGUGUUUCCUGGCCUACUCCGUUCCCUACUCCUACACCGACCUGCUCGCAGAUCUUGCCCGCUGGCCGGUCGAGACAGAGGCGCUGGCGCUCACUGCGGCGGGCAAGGAGGUCCUGGCCCUGCGCCUGGGCAACCAGUCUGCCCAACACAGGGCCUGCAUCGUGGCCAGAGCCCACCCUGGCGAGACGCACGCCUCCUGGGUGAUGCGGGGUGUGAUGGAAUUCCUGAUGGGCGACCCUGAGGCACAAAGCUGCCUCGAUCAACUUGCAUGGCUCCUUGUGCCAAUGCUGAACCCUGAUGGGGUUAUGGCGGGGCGCACGAGGACGAAUUUGGACGCGGUGGACCUCAACAGGCAUCACCAUGACGACAGCGCCCCCGAGACGAAGGGGCUCAAGAGCGCACUCCAGGCCGAGGCUCAGGAGGGGGAGCUGCUCGCUUUCAUCGACAUCCACAGCCACUCCAGGCGGCGGGGAAUCUUUGCCAUCGCAAAUGCCACCGAUGGAGACCGCCUUGUGUCGCUGAUGGCCGCGAGGACGCAUCUCCUGGAUGCCGCUGGAACUAGCCGCUCGGAGAUCCGUGCGCAAGAUGCUGGUGUUGGCCGCGUGGCGGCUGCCAGCCAGGGAUACAAGUACAGUUUGACCAUCGAAUCUUCAUUGUGUGCUCGGCACGUGGAGGUCGGUGGUGAACACUUGUUGCUGCAGGAUCUCGCCAGCGUCGGCCGUGCGAUUUGCCUUGCAGUGGCUGACCUCCUGAGUUCCACCGACGAGACAACCAAUCAAACUCCUCCAGAGAUUGCGAAGGCCAGCAGAGUCGAGAAUGGGGUCCCUAAGUAA